UAAAUAAAAAGUUGAUUGCUAGGCAACGAGCAAUAUUGAUGUGAUUUACAUGUGAUCACCAAUAAAAUAAAAAUUCCAGAUUUUAUAAAGAGUUUUUUCGAAUAUUAAUCAGUAUAUAACAUAAAAACAAUCAUGAAUUAUAAAACCAAAGAUUUAGCACCCAUUGCUAUCCCACAUGGACCACCUGUGGAAUCCACUUCUGAAUACUUUAAGUCUUUGAUGGAAAGCGCCAGAAUGGUCAAAAAAUAUCCAGUAUGGGACGUUGCACGACCAACUCCUCAAGUUUUGAUGGAGCAGGCUCGCCGGGACCUGAUGGAGGCGGACGUCAAGUUGGCGCUCAAGAGAGAAGAAGAGAAACGAAAUCGAGUCAUAAUGGACGCUAAAUGGGAAGACUUGAGGAGGAAAGAAAAUCUAUUGAAAGAGUCCUUUAUCAGUUUUAACAAAUUCAUUCGAGAGAACCAGGAGAAGCGAGAUCGAGCUGAACGUAAGAUGCAAGCUGACAACGACGUUCUAGAGCGCAAGACGAAAGAGACAGAAGCUAUGAGGAAGAGAGUCAUUGAGAUGGAGGAAAUCAAGAAAUUGAUGGAAAAGCAAGUCAAGGAUUACACUAUUUACGAGGACUACCUCAUGUCGGUAGUGAACAAUUAUCCCGAGUUUAAACAACCGCUGGAUGUGCUGAACCGUUAUGAAGCUUUGGCUGCAGCCAAGAACACACUGGCCGACCGUCAAGAGCGAGAUCUGGAGAUGCUGGAGGACGCACGCCAAGAGAUCGCAUCGCUGACUGAGGAGAAGAAACUCUUCAUCAUGGGACUUAAUAACACGCUUGCUAGUCUCAGGUGGCGCUACGAUAAGAUCCGGAAUAGGGUGAUAAAAUGGGAGCUGGCUUUGAACCGACUGAAGGAGACGGCAGCGCGGCGUCAUGUGGAACUGUGUCACGUUAAAUCUGCUAUAUGGAGCCUUUACGUCAAGAUCUGCAAGCAAAAAGGGCUAUCUAUCGACGUUGAUACCAACGACUUCGAACAACAGCUGGUAGUCAUCAUGAGAGCUCUACUGGAACUGCGCAGGAUUUACAGAAUCGCUCAAAAGAGGUCCAAGGAAAAAGAUGUAGAAUCACGUGAAUAACUGUUACCAAAGGUGUCUUCAAAAUAAACGCGAGAAAACGUUUUUACAUUGUGGUGGACCUGCAAUCUACUUGAAGGACAAAUGGCAAUAUGGCUUCAUAAUUCUGUAACUGAUACAGCUACACAGCAUGACAGCACCAAGUGUCCUUUAUCGAUUCUUACGCCAUCUAGUGGGAAAAGAAAGAACUACUUCAGAAUGCCCACGACAAAACACUAAUCUUCGAGAUGCCAAUUACUUUCUAUAAUUAUUAUGUUCAAAAUUUGUUAAUUAAUGUUAUUAUUAUUAUUUAUUCAUAUCAAUUUGUUAUUAUAAUGUAUUCAAUAAAUUGAUUAAAUGUUUCAAAAAUA